AGGCACAACGAACCUUUGGCAUCCUCUCACGCCCAGCACGCACGUACACGCUGGUUCGGAAGGACGUACAAUAAGAGCGCGCACGACGGCCAGCGACCGAACAGAACGAACACGGAGUAGUAGUUGUAGUAUUAUUAAUAGUAGUAGUAGUAGUAGUCAACCCCUAUCCUGAAACGUGUACUGUCUGUGGCACGCGGCCGUGUUUGGAUGGUCAGUACUGCAGUUGGUUUUUCGUUGUCGGCCGUUACGGUCACCGUGUAGCGUGUCCAAAUUUAAACGAAUUGUGUUAAGUUGUUAUCGGCUCCAUAUAGAGAGCGUUAUAUACAACCAUCAAAUACAUAGUGAAGAACAUUUGUUUGUUAGCCAACUGCGGCUAAGUGUUAAACGCCAACGAUAAUCUCGCCCCAAACACGAUAAUCAUGGUCGGUCCUAGCUCGCAGGUCAGCAAAAUAUUGCUGUCCCUGCUGUUUCUGCUGAUAGCAUUCUUCGCCUGGAUGGAUGUGAAUCUGUACAUUCGCAUCCAGGACUACCCGAUACGGGAUACCGAUCCGUUCCUGAUGGCGGCCAACAGUACGCUGCUGAAACCGGUACCGGGUGGUAGCCAUGCCAGUACGGUCACAUCGCCCGUACUGGCACCUUCGUCCUCGAUGCCGCUGCAGCUCAAUCGACACAUCGUCCGGUACGAGGAUGUGGCGUGGGUAAAUUGCGAUCUAAAUCCGCUGUGCGACGUUACCGUGAAGGCGAUGAUGCUGGACCACACGAACCACUAUCUGUUCGCACCGAUCGCAACGAUCGUGGACAAUGUGGCCGGCUUUUCCAAGGGUGAUCUGGUAACGCCCAACAUGAUCUCGUUUUUCCACGUGUUCGUUGCGAUAGCGGCCGGCCGGAUGAUCGCGUCCGAUUCGCUCGGUUAUCGCCGGAUCGGUGUGGUACUGUUUCAGUUCCGCACGUUUCUGGACGAUCUGGACGGGCAUGUGGCACGGGCAAAGAAGCACAUCCGGGGCGAACGUUCGGACAUUGGUUCGGCCGGGUACUACAUCGAUGGGAUCUGCGAUGGGCUCGGGUGUAUUGCGCUCAUGAUUGGGGUUUUUGUAUUUUUGAAAAAUAAUCCACCACGGCGUGGUUACACCCAGCUCCAGUCCAUCAUACCGGUGGCGGAAUCGAAAAGCUCCGAAUCGGGCGUCAUUUACAAGGUGAAGGUAACGACGAAGAAGGUUGCCCGCAAGGUGCUGUGCUACACCGGCAUGCUGUUGCUUAGCUCGACCGGUUGGAACCGGUACAUCGCCAUCUACCAGGAUAUGCUCGAGCGGGAGAAUGUAACGCCGGCCCAGUACCUGCACCAGGAGUCGGUGUUCCGCUCGACCGGGUUCUUCUUCAUUGCCUGGCUGUGGCGCAUCUUUAACGUCCACGCGCUGCUCCACUUUCUGCUGCUGAGCGUCUUCUGUGAUAAGCUGUGGGAGUACCUGCGGAUGAUCCAGUACGCCGGGUACGUUGCGCUGCUGGUCAUUAUCAGCGUUGCCGAGAUGCAUCUGCUCGGUGUGCAGAACUUUAUCUACAAAUCGCUUACGGUGAACAAUACCUCGUUGUGAUUGCGCUAAGGUCGCCGCCCUACCCUUGCGCGCGCGCGCGCACAUAUCAUCCGCGCUUUCCGUCCCGCCGGUUAAACAGCCCUCUAGCCACUGUGGUCACCGUUGUCCGCAUGUCCGUGCCGGAAAAGAAAAACCUCACACAAAACACCAUCGAAAUCGUCUCCAAUCGUUUCGGUGCGGCUUUUCCCAUUUGUAAUUUUUCCCGGAGGAAAAACAAACAUCACACCAUUUUUCACUGUGCCGUGUGGGUGUGUGUGCGUUUUUUUUGUGCUGUAUUAUUGUGAAUGUGUUAGACACUGUUUUACUUUUAAAUGGAAGCUGAACCUACUAAACCUUUAAUAUGUAAGCCUUAGCGAGAAGGGAACGCUCAAAACAUAGUAAGAGCCGUUUCGCAAUCAUCAGUUGCGCGUGGUGGUAAUUGUUUAUAUGAGAUCGUUGUAUAUCUAUUAUGUAUGUUGUGCAGUGAUAGGGUUGAUCCGGCUACAAAGGCGUGUGUAAAACAAAUGUCUUGUUGAGGAAAGCUUAGAGAUUGUAUUGUAAAUGGCAGAGAGAUGAAAUACUCUACCAACAGCGUGAAAAGCGGAAAACAAAAUGGAACAGCCUUCAUUAUUAUUACGAUCCUUUAUACCUAUAUUCUAGUACGUUAACUGUAUUUUAAUACCACAAACAUGUUUUCUACUUCAACCGUGUACAGUGUUGUAAUGUCAGCAGGCAGGAGACAGGACAAGUCUAUCUUUAUUGAACGGAACGUUUCUAUUAAUAUGUUGUACAGAGAUUAGCAAACUAUUGCCUAUCCUUCCCCCCAAAAACAAAAAAAAACAUCCCACUUUUCCAUGGAAUAUAGUAAAACACUCGAUUUGUACUAUUUUAUCUGUUUCCCUUUAAAAAGCAGGGUGUAGGAAUAUAUUUAUAAGCAAGGAUGUUUUUUUUUAUUGUUGUAAGUAAUGUGAACACAUCCUUGAAGCGGGAACGUCACGGUACUAGAUGUGCUUUUACUUCGUGCACGACAGCAUUCAUUACACGAUAGCUGGAUAAAUGAUGCAGUAGCUAUACUACUUAGUAAAAUGAAAAAAGAAAAAAAACGCAACCCUGAAACGUGUGAUCUAUGGGUGUGCGUGUACGGUGUGCGUGUGUUGUGCACUAAUCAACAAAAUCAUUAAUAAGUUCCCCAUUUUCGCCCCCGUUUUUCCCGGUUUCUUCCUUCCGAUUCCUCUUCCCCUUUUUUCCGAACAUUAAGUGCUAUUUGUAUCCCACGCCCGGGGACAAACAAUCUUAACCUUUAACGACUAAACGGAGUGAGAUGUGUCAUUUUGCGUUCUUGCCACGGGAACUUACAUAUAGCGGGCGUCAAACAUAUAGAUAUAUAUACUCGAGAAAGAGAGAUGGUGGUUUAUUUAUAUGAAUAUAUCCAAAUAUAUAUAUACAUAUUAGAUUGUUGAUUGCGUGCUGUUGUAGCAGAAUUCGAUUGUGAAUGCUAUCAAUACGGAAAGCAAAACACAAUAAUAAAGAUUCACAAGAAUGUCCAGCUGUUUGUAA